GGCGUCGUGUCUCGGUCGGCAUCCUCCUCUGGGCAGCGCGGGAGAUCGGCUUUUCCCUGAGCUCGGGCAGGAGUCCAAGGAAGGCAGCAGGGCGACAGGACGUCGCGUUGGAGAGCGGGUUGGAGUUGCUGGGUCAAAUGCUGAUCUCUCCUGAGGGCCCCAAGUUACUGUGAUCGGCGCUGUUAACGUGGAAGGAGGGAGACAAAUCUCUGCUGUAGCUGUCUGCUUGCUUGGGAGCUUCUUGGCCUGGCAGUUGGAGCAUUUUCUUGACAGAAGUGACUGUAACCUGCAGCUUUCCUCUCUGAUUUAGAAAGACUUGAUAAGUAUGCUGUAGUAGCGGCGCUCACUUGCAAUUGCUGAGCUUUAGUGCAAAGUAUGAUUUGAAACAGUCAACAUGGACUUUUCACGUCUACACACGUACACUCCUCCCCACUGUCUGCCAGAGAACACUGGCUAUACAUAUGCACUCAGUUCAAGUUAUUCUUCAUCUGCUUUGGAUUUUGAGACUGAAAAUAAAAUAGAUCCAGUAUUUGAUUCACCAAGAAUGUCACGACGUAGUUUACGGUUAGCUGCUGUGGGAAUUAGUAAAUCAGAUGAUGCAUGGAAAGAUAGCCAUGACAGCUCUUAUGUCGGAAAUACGUCCUUCAGAGAACAGUCUUCUAAGAUGGUGAAGCAACGCAAAAGUAUGAAUCAGCAAUCUGGCAGCGCAAGACACACGCCAAGGAAAAAUCUACCCAGCUCUUCCAUUUUUAGCCAAAGCAGUUUCAAUAGCCAUGCCAGUGAGGCAUCAAUGGUAUCCACUGUAUUGGAUGAAUCUUUGAUUCGAGAACAGACAGAAGUUGAUCAUUUCUGGGGUCUUGAUGAUGAAGGUGACCCUAAAGGUAGUGAUACUACAAUGAUGCUAAAUGGUGAUAUAGCAACAGCAGAAACACAGACCACAAUGAUCAAUGGCUACACUUGCAGCGACUGCAGCAUGCUUUCUGAGCGGAAAGAGGUUCUUACAGCAUACUCAACUUCUCAUGUGCCAUCUUCCAGAAUUUACUCAAGGGACAAGAGCCAGAAACAUGCAUCUAGAGGAACCUAUUUCUACAUGAGUAGGAUUCUGCAACUGGUCAAACAUGCCACAGCAUCUUUUGCAUCAUUAUUAGUGCAACUAUUUCAAAUGGUUUUGCUGAAGCUGAGUUAUGAAUAUAAAGCUCACUCAGACUACUGUGGAAGCAUGAAUGUAAAGGAAUUUUACAGAGAAGAUAGCCAUCUUGGUGUAAACGAGGAAUCAAUAUGUGAUGACUGUAAGGGGAAGAAACAUCUUGAAAUACACACCACAGACCACAUGCAAUCCUCAUGGGCUAAAAGGGUAGCAAGGACCAUUUGGCACACCUUUUCUUAUGCAGGUUACUUUAUGCUUCACGUGUUGCGAACAGUGGGAGCAACGGGAUGGCUUGUGUCUCAGAAGGUGGUGUCUCUACUUUGGCUGGCCAUUCUUUCUCCAGGGAGGGCAGCUUCUGGCAUGUUCAGGUUGCUCAGAGCUGGGUGGUAUCAACUUGUUACUCUGAUGUCUUUUCUCAAGGUAUUUCUUCUGAGAAGAUGCCUUCCAAAGAUCUACAAGCUGUUACUCUUUCUUAUUCCACUCCUGCUUCUAUUAGGUAUAUGGUUCUGGGGUUUCAAUGCCUUCACUUUAUUAUUACCUUCAUUGAACUGGACAAGAACUGAUAGAAUACAGAGAACAGAGGACACUGUUCGUGUUCCUGAACCACAGGCUGAUUUUUCUUACCCUAUGCAGCCUCCAAAGGAUACCAUAAAUAUCUUUGAUUCUGGUCGUAUAAGUGAGCUGGAAAAGCAAAUGGCCUUCGUGUCUGACAGAUGUCAUCACCGUGAUGAAGAAUAUAGCAAAAUGAUGCUUUUACUCCAUAAUCUUCAAGAUCAGGUUGCCCAGAUGAGUGACAAAAGUGAAAUAUUAAAGCUAAUAAAAAAUGUGAUGAAUCAACAUCUUAAAGAUCUUAAACUGGAGGAAAAGACUGACUUCCUGGCUUUACAUCAAGAACACGAGUCGCGCAUCCUGACACUGGAAGACCUUCUUGGAAGACUCUCUGCUGAAUCCAAGGACAUCCAGAAGGAGCUUGACAUAGCCAAAUCAAAAACAAUGAGAGAUGAUGAUGAACAUAAUCAACUUUUGUCCAAAGUUAAAAAGCUAGAAGUAGAGUUAUCUCGGAUGAAAUCAGAGCUGUUAACUGAGCAAAGUGUGAAGACAAGUUGUGAGAAAAUAGAUGCCAUUCAUGAAAAAGUAGAUGCCCAGGUCAAAGAAUCUGUCAAGCUAAUGUUUUUUGGUGAUCAACAAGAACAUUUUCCUGAAUCCCUUCUCCAAUGGCUUACAUCCAAUUUUGUGAGCAAAAGUGAUCUGCAGACUUUGCUACAGGAUCUAGAGUUGCAGAUCCUCAAGAAUAUUACUCUCCAUAUGUCUGUUACAAACCAAAAACUAACAUCUGAAGUAGUAACAAAUGCUGUGACUAACGCAGGGAUUUCUGGAAUCACAGAAUCGCAAGUACAGAUAAUUGUAAACAAUGCCCUGAAACUCUACUCUCAAGACAAGACUGGUAUGGUGGAUUUCGCUUUGGAAUCUGGAGGUGGCAGCAUUCUGAGUACUCGCUGUUCUGAAACGUAUGAGACCAAAACAGCAUUAAUUAGCCUCUUUGGAAUUCCUCUGUGGUACUUCUCUCAGUCUCCCAGAGUGGUGAUUCAGCCGGACAUGUAUCCAGGAAACUGCUGGGCUUUCAAAGGAUCGCAGGGAUAUCUUGUAAUUAGGCUUACAAUGAAGAUCUAUCCAACUGCCUUUACAAUGGAACACAUACCAAAAACACUUUCACCAACAGGAAAUAUCACCAGUGCUCCUAGGAACUUCUCAGUAUAUGGUCUAGAUGAUGAAUAUCAAGAAGAAGGACAUCUACUAGGACAGUAUAUGUAUGAUCAAGAAGGAGAGCCACUACAGAUGUUUCCAGUGAUGGAGAUAAGUGAAAACGCAUUUCAAAUAGUGGAACUGAGAAUUCUUUCUAACUGGGGACAUGCAGAGUACACGUGCCUGUAUCGGUUCAGAGUGCACGGCACACCUGCCGAGUGAGCGCCUGUGCUGCAGCUCGGCAGGGCCUGCUGCACACUUUGUUCUCCAUUUGUAUAUACCGGGAAGCCUACAACACUAGAAUCUUUAAAGGAUGAGGAUGCGAGAUGAUCACUUGCAGAACUGUUGAUCCUCUGAUAAGGGCAGAAGAAUGUCAGCAGAAGUGUAUGAAAAAUAAUUUCCAUUUGCUCUAAUGCUCAGCUUGUCAUUGCCAGUUAGCUUUAUAUUUUUGUGUCUAUGCUCAGAGAAAUAAUGCAUGCAAGCUACUCUGGUUCAUAAAGCCCAGUUGGCAAAAAGGUGGCACCUAUUUUACUACAAAUGAAUGUAUAGGGGCUUUUUUAAAGAAUAAACCACACUUUCUGCAACUAGGAAUCUGGUUUUUUUUUUUGUUUGUUU